AUGGCUGUAGAAAGUAGCAUUGGAGGUGCACAAGAAUCCUCGGAUCUGCACAUCCGUAAAAAGCGUGUCAUUAAUCGAACGAAUAAUGGCCAAGUGCCUGGAUCGCUUCAAAGAGCUCCAUAUAUUGUCAAUAUUGUAAAAGAUGGUCUUAGUCACUGCGCUGGCAUUAUAUUAGACUCUGAUAUCAUUUUAACUGUGCCGUCUUGUAUUAAGGAAUUUGUUUGUACAGCGAUAUUGAAAAUUUCUCCAUCGAUUGACCUUCACAAAAGCCAUAAUGCCAAAAUUGAACUGUUUACGGAAGUUCUACCUGCAAAUUCGUACGCUUGGUUCAGUGGAUGGGGUUGCACCAGCUUAGGACCUAAGAACCCGCCUGUGUUUCCUGUGAAUUUAAUGAUGACCCGAUUGCCAUUAAUUUCCCAGCAGGAGUGUGUGCAGGCACAUCAUGGCCCCGUUUAUAUUAAUUUGAGAUAUAUUUGCACUCUUGAUGCAAGUGGAAGGAGGGCCACUUGCAUUGGCGAUGAAGGUGGUCCUUUAGUUUACAAUAAACGACUGAUUGGUGUGCUUCUUUAUCGAACGCUGGAAAUUGGAAAACGUCCAGAUGUUUUUGCUAAUCUUAUUCAUCCCGACGCACAACAUUGGAUUAAUGAAAUAAUUAAUUUUCUUCAACAUUAG